CCUUUAUAUAUCCCUUUUAGUGAAAGCACAACAACACAUUUUCAUCCAUCUCCAAGACUUUGAUAUUAUCCUAGUCCACCCCAUGGACAAAACCAAGAACUAGACUUUUCUCUUUAGUCCUAAGCCAAUUCUAGUUUGAGGAUCACAAGAAAAUGGUGCAACUGAAGGUUGUAACCCUAACAACCUUGUUGAUGUUAUUGUUGUUGUCAUGGUGGAGGUUUGAGGGUGCAGUAGGAGACCCUCAAACCCUAUUACUCAAACAGGAUUGCAGCGGAUACAUAGCUCCCGACUUGUCCAACUUCAACCAAAAUCUUAACGCAAGUUUGGCAGACCUGAGAUCACAGGUUACCAACCAAAGCAAGCACUUUGUCACGGCUCAAGCAACCACCGGAGCAAACCCUGUCUACGCCAUGUUUCAAUGCAGGAACUACCUCUCCAUCACCGACUGCGCCACCUGCUUAGCCACCGCCAUCGCCCAAAUCCGCAACUGCUCCGCCGGAGUCAACGGUGCUCGUGUCAUUUACGACGGCUGCUUCCUCAGGUUCGAGAGCAAUGACUUCUUUAGCCAGAUCAUGCCUCGCAACAGCAUACUUUGUGGAAAUCAGACUGCAGAAGAAAGCACUGAUUUUGCUGCAGCUGGACAGCAAGUGCUGAUGGAUCUACAAGUAGCAACACCAAAAAUCAAUGGCUUCUAUGCAGCUACCAAGACACAAUUUUCUGGCGGUGCAAUCUAUGCUAUUGCACAAUGUGCUGAAUCUCUUGCACAAGAUACUUGUAUGGAAUGCUUGUCAGUUGAACAUAGCAGCAUAAAAGGUUGUCUUCCCAAGACAAAUGGUAGGGCAUUCGAUGCUGGUUGCUUUACGAGAUACUCCGAGACACCCUUCUUUGCUGAUAACCAAACCACUGAUAUCACUCCCUUCUUAAAACAAGGAGGAAGUUCAAGCAAGAAGUGGGUCAUUAUUGGUGCUGUUGUUGGGGGUGUAGUCUUUGUUGUGAUCCUUCUUUUAUUAUUUCCCUUGCAUAGAAGAUCCCAAAGUCCCAAGAGAGUUCCUAGAGGUAUCAUAUUGGAAGCGUCUGAGUUGAAACCUCCAACCAAGUAUAAGUAUAGUGACUUGAAAGCUGCAACAAAAAAUUUUAGUGAGAAGAAUAAACUAGGAGAAGGUGGCUUUGGUGCUGUAUACAAGGGAACUUUGAAAAAUGGGAAAGUUGUUGCAGUCAAAAAAUUAAUUACAGGAAAAUCCAGCAAGAUAGAUGAUGAUUUUGAAAGUGAAGUAACGCUUAUAAGUAAUGUUCAUCACAGAAAUCUAGUUCGGCUUCUCGGUUGUUGCAGUAAAGGCGAAGACAGAAUUCUUGUUUAUGAAUACAUGGCAAACAACAGUCUUGACAAAAGCUUAUUUGGUAACAAAAAAGGUACUCUCAACUGGAAACAACGAUAUGAUAUAAUUUUGGGCAUAGCAAGGGGAUUGGCCUAUCUACAUGAGGAAUUUCAUGUUUCUAUCAUACAUAGAGACAUUAAGAGUGGAAAUAUCCUCUUGGACGAUGAAUUUCAACCCAAAAUUUCUGAUUUUGGGUUGAUAAGGCUCCUACCUGGGGACCAAUCUCAUCUUAGCACAAAAUUUGCAGGAACAAUGGGAUACACAGCACCUGAGUAUGCACUCCAUGGUCAAUUAUCAGAAAAAGCUGAUACAUAUAGCUUCGGAAUUGUAGUCUUAGAAAUCAUAAGUGGCCAAAAGAGUACUGAUGUGAACAUCGUUGAUGAUGACAAUGAUGAUGAAUACCUUCUCCGACGAGCAUGGAAGUUGUAUGAGAGAGGCAUGCACUUGGAGUUGGUGGACAAAAGCUUAGAUCCUAAUACCUAUGAUCCAGAAGAAGUUAAGAAAGUCAUAGAUAUUGCUUUGUUGUGCACUCAAGCAUCGACUGUAGUAAGGCCAGCCAUGUCUGAAGUAGUAGUCUUACUCAGUAGCAAUGAAUUUGUUGAGCAUAUGAGACCUUCAAUGCCUAUCUUUGUUGAGUCAAAAUUAAGGCCCCACAGAGAUAUCUUUGCUUCAAUUGGUUCCUCUGAAUCUAAUGCUGCUUCUUCCAAUUCUAUAGUACCUGUUUGAUGAUCAAUUAUAUGUGAUGCAAAAGAAAAUUCAUGUCCAGUUCAUUAUU